CGUCAGGGAACGCGUGCACGCCACCAACGCAGUGCAUUGCUCGUCCCAGUGCAGCAUAACGUAGCCUCACUACUGCUGAGACUGGCCAAGGACAGCUUUUGCAGCCUUGCUCGCCAUGCUGCGCCAGUCGACCAUGCUCAUGGCCCUAAGAGGCUUUGCCAGCGCUUUCUCUCCGUUCAAGAAUUUAGGAGGCAAGCCCGUGCCCUUCGCGCCGAUGCCGGGCUUUCCCGCGCGCGCCGUCGGCGUCGCCGAUGUGCUGGCGUCUCCGAAAUGGCCGGCGGAGUGGCCGUACUCGCCGCGCGAUUUCAUGCGGGGCGACGAGAGCCCGGACCCCUAUUUUUACGAUCAGCCGCGGUUCUGUUUUCAUGUGGAUGACGCUGCUGUUGCUGCUUUAACAGAGUUCUACGGCACGGCUUUGAGGGAGUGGGAGAAGCCCGCCAUUCUCGACAUCUGCGCGUCCCAUGUUUCUCAUUUCCCGACGGACAUUGCUGACUUCGCUGGUAACAGAGUAGCGUUGGGUAUGAACGAGGAGGAGCUCAGGAACAACGGUCAGGUCGAUUCGUACGUCGUCAAGGAUCUCAAUGAAGAUCCGACGUUACCCUUCGAGGACAAUUCGUUUGAUGUGGUCACGAACGUCGUGUCCAUCGACUACUUGACCAAACCCCUGGCGAUCUGCAAGGAGAUAAGACGCGUCCUCAAGCCCGGCGGGCAAGCAUUGAUGGCGUUGUCCAAUAGAUGCUUCCCGACGAAGGCCGUCGACAUCUGGCUCCGUACGAACGACCUCGAGCACGUCUUCGUGGUUGGUAGUUAUUUCCACUACGCGGGGGGCUUCAAGCCCCCGUCCGCUAUCGAAGUGUCGCCGAACCAGGACCAGAUCCCCUGGGCCGGCGGCCGGUCGCAGAAUAUUGCCUAUUUAGCGGUCGUGCGGGCCGAGGUCGACAAGUAACAGCAC